CACUUUGUAAAGCCAGCGAUAUAAUUUGUAAACUUGUUACACGUUAGGCGAAAUUUCGCUACUUUUUCUCAGCCACAUUCUCCAAAAUUAAAACGAUGUAAAAGUAACAUCUGCUAACAGAAACUGGAUGAAACCGUGGAGAAAACCACACAAUAAAAAAUUAUCGCAUGAGUUACUGAACAGCUGUUUCUUCAACGCGCUCAGUAAAAACAAAUUGGCAUGAAUAGGAAUACACUAUACAAUCAAAAAUAACAAUUACAACUGAAACUUAAAACUCUGGGAUACAGCAUAGGAAGGGGAGAGGAAAAGCAAUGACGUCUUCAACUUAUCCCCCACUUAGGUAACUCAUAAUAUUGGGGGCAAGUGUUUGUAAUCCUAAUAGACUCUGACCCUAACCUAUGGCUCGCGUAUUUUGAGUAAUCGUACUUAUGGCUUCGGGUUUCGGAACAACUUCUAAAACAUGCCAGAGGCUAUCAUGGCUAGCGAAGAGGUAUUACUCAGAACAAGCUCUGCCGAAAAUAACAACGCACUAUACCAUCGUACCAAGAGAUAGUGACCCACGCUGGAAAGAUGUCAAUAUGGAACGCUAUGUUGAUGAGACAGACAUCCUCAUUGUUGGAGGUGGUCCAGCCGGAAUGUCUGCGGCAAUCCGCCUAAAACAGCUGGCAGAAAAAAGUGGAAAGGAGCUACGAGUAACUCUUGUAGAGAAAGCUGCAGAGAUAGGAGGGCAUAUUCUAUCUGGAGCAUGCAUUGAACCUGUUGCCCUUGAUGAGCUUAUACCUGACUGGAAGGAAAAGGGAGCACCUCUUAAUACACCUGUUAAGGAAGACAAAUUUGCAUACCUUACAGAGAAAGGGAGGAUACCAGUCCCCAUCUUCAGCUGGAUGCCAAUGUACAAUCAUGGCAACUAUGUUGUCAGGCUGGGUCAUGUUGUUCGUUGGCUUGGGGAGCAGGCUGAGCAACUUGGUGUUGAAAUGUAUCCUGGGUAUGCAGCUUCAGAACUGCUGUUCCAUGAAGAUGGUAGCCUUAAGGGUGUUGCUACAAAUGAUGUAGGAAUAGCAAAAGAUGGUUCACCUAAGGAAACUUUUGAGCGUGGUAUGGAACUGCAUGCAAAGUGCACACUCUUUGCAGAAGGUUGCCAUGGGCAUUUAUCAAAGCAACUUUUUAAUAAAUACAAGCUACGUGAAAAUUGUGAAGCACAGACGUACGGCAUUGGAUUGAAGGAAGUAUGGGAAAUUGUACCAGAGAAACAUAAACCAGGCACUGUUGAACAUACUAUUGGAUGGCCAUUGGAUCGGCAUACGUAUGGUGGCUCAUUCCUGUAUCACCUUAAUGAACCAUCUCCUUUGGUCGCAGUUGGUUUUGUUAUUGGCUUAGACUAUACAAAUCCAUACAUAAGUCCCUUUAGGGAAUUUCAGAGGUUUAAACAACAUCCAUCUGUCAGACCCACAUUUGAAGGAGGAAAAAGGAUAGCCUACGGUGCAAGAGCUUUGAAUGAAGGUGGAUUUCAAGCAAUACCAAAGCUAACAUUUCCUGGUGGAUGCCUUAUUGGUUGCGCUGCAGGCUUCUUAAAUGUUCCUAAAAUAAAGGGUACUCACUAUGCGAUGAAAAGUGGUAUGCUUGCUGCAGAAAGUAUCUUUGAGGCACUUGAUGAAACAUCGGAAACAACAGGCAUUGAACCAAAAUCUUAUGAGGAUAAAAUUAAGAAUAGUUGGAUUUGGUCAGAUUUAAAAAGUGUAAGAAAUAUACGCCCAUCAUUCCAUAAUCCACUGGGAUUAUAUGGAGGGUUAAUGUACUCUGGCUUCAGUUUGGUGAUUGGAGGCCGAGAACCAUGGACAUUCAGUCAUGGAGAUCCUGACUGGAAACGACUGAAACCAGCUUCAGAAUGCAAGCCUGUGGAGUACCCUAAACCAGACGGUGAAGUGAGUUUUGACUUGCUAACAUCAGUAGCUCUGACUGGAACAAAUCAUGAAGGUGACCAACCACCACACCUGACACUGCGUGAUGAUACAGUGCCUGUUAAACGAAAUCUUGCCAUUUUUGAUGGUCCUGAGGGUCGCUUUUGUCCAGCAGGAGUGUAUGAAUUUGUUCCACUUGAAGAUGGCACUGGGCAGAGAUUGCAGAUAAAUGCACAAAACUGCAUCCACUGCAAAACUUGUGACAUUAAAGACCCAAGCCAGAACAUCAAUUGGGUGGUACCAGAAGGUGGUGGUGGACCAGCCUAUGAUGGAAUGUAAAUGCAGAGUACCACAUGGCAUCAUGCAGAGUCAGCAUCUUUUCAUCAAAGAUUACUGGUUAUCCAGUUAAAAUAAAUCACAUGCCUAUGUUUUUUUAUUUAUCUGAAAUUUUUUUCAUUGUUU